AUGGUUCAAUGGAGGUACAACAGCUGUUUGCGUGGAGACAUUGGCAGCGUGUGCAGUGUUUGCUGGUCAUGGGACGGAAAGUUCAUAGUGUCUGGGUCAGCUGAUGAGACUGUGAGAUUAUGGGAUCCAAACACUUACCAGGAGGUUGCAUGCUUUCGAGGUCACUCGGGCAUCGUGAACUGUGUUUCUUGGUCAGCUGAUGGAAGAUUUAUUGCCUCGAGCUCAGACGACCGGUCAAUAAGGAUAUGGGAUGCGAAUAGUCGAAAUCAAAUCAGCUGUCUUUUGGGACAUACAGACUGUGUCAAAAGUGUAUCAUGGUCGGCAGAUGGGAGAUUGGUUGUCUCGGGUUCAAAUGACGAAACUUUAAGAGUGUGGGAGGUGAGUAAUGGGAGAGAAAUUCUUCGCCUGCAAGGUACGAAUAACAAAGUUACUAGCGUGUCAUGGUCGGGAGAUGGGAAGAUGAUUGCUUCAGGAUCCGAAGAUGGGACUAUUAGAAUAUGGGAAGCAAGCAGUGGAAGCGAGAUGACUUGUCUAGAAGGUCACACCCACUCUGUCACCUGCGUAUCAUUUUCUGCAGAUAGCAAGAUGAUUGCAUCAGGUUCACACGACAAUACUGUGAGAAUAUGGGAGGUACAGGGGGGCAGACAGAUGAGCUGCUGUGAGGGACAUACACACGUUGUUACCAGUGUGUCAUGGUCGGGCGAUGCAAGGAUGAUCGCAUCAAGCUCAUGGGACAAAACCUUGCGAAUAUGGGAGGUCGUCACAGGCAAGAGAAUCUGGUAUUUGAGAGGUCAUGCGAGUGGUGUGUCAUGCGUAUCAUGGUCGUGGAAUGGGAGAGUGAUUGCAUCUGGGUCCUGGGACAGGACAAUCAAGAUAUGGCAAGGCAUUCUAUGGGUCAGGAGUCCUAAACGCGUAAGCAUCAAUUGGAGAGAAUGGCUGUCAAAAAAGAGGAGAAGAGGAAGAGCAGGGAGUGAUAACGAAGAUGGCGAUGCAGAGGAGAUGAAAGGGCAAUUACAAUCGGGUAAAAGAAUGAGAGCAUGA